CCCAGUAAUGUCCUAUGUCCUACUUACUGCAGACUCAGAACUCUGAGUGGGGACUGAGCCAGUAGACAGAAGAGCCUGAGCCAGGAUGAAGGCUCUCGGGGCUGUCCUCCUGAUCUUGCUACUAAGUGGACAGCCAGGGAUCAACAGGACACAAGAAGAUGAUGAUGCGGACCCGGAGCCAGAGAGUUAUGGCUACGAUGAUGACGAUGAAGAAGAGGAAGAGGAGGAGACCAACAUGAUCCCUGGAAGCAGGGACAGAGAGCCUCUACAGUGCUACUUCUGCCAAGUGCUUCACAGCGGGGAGAGCUGCAACCAGACACAGAGCUGCUCCGGCAGCAAGCCCUCCUGCAUCACAGUCAUCUCCCAUGGCGAAAUUGCUUCAUCACGAGUCUGUGGGCAUCAGGGGUCUGAAGACCUGUCCUCCUCCAACCAGGACACCCUGGCCUCUCCUCCCUGACAACCAGCUUCAGAGAAUAAACUUGAAUGUUUUUUGCUGUCUAGCCAGUUGCAGCUCCUUCAGCGAUUCUCUGCCCUCAUUUUCACCCUCAGGCCUCCUUCCCUUCUCUCCUCAGCCUGUGGGCAGCAGCGUAGGUAACAUUUCAGCCUCAGAUUCAGUUGUCUAUUGCCUGUGCUCUGGGGAUGUUCAGCCUAUAGGGGCCCCAUCUGCUCAGCAACGCAGAGAAAAUAGCAAGCCUGGAAGGCUCAUUCUCAUCCUGAAUUUGCCAGCAUGAAAUUCUUCCCCAGAGCCACCAUCUAGAGAAAAAUCAGCCCUUUCAUAUGUGUGAGGUGCAGGGUGAGCAUCCAGAGACCUGGAGGGAAGGGCUGUUGGAAGGAAACCAAGAAUAUUGCAGGGCUGAGGUACAGUGACUGCAGCUAAGGCAAAGAGGGAGGCAGAAAGGGUAAGGAAAGCCUGGCUGCUUAGUAGGGGAUUCUCCAGCUAUGCCCUGGCACAGAAAUCCAUCCUCUUCUGGGUUUUAGAAUCCCUCUUCUAGCAUAGGCCACUAGGAGGAUGCUGGGAACCUGAGAUAAACAGCAGGUCUGGGAAAUGUCAAAAAGCCCCAAGGUCUCCUUAGGCAGAGAAAUAGAUGGCACACACAUCCCUGCCUGGGUGGGUGGGUACCUUCUCUGGUGAGGAGAGGCCCCUAACAGGUAGCCUCUCCUUAAGUCAGCAGGGAACCUGGCUUCUUGGCAGGUUGGCCAAUCCUUCACUGGGUAUGUCUCAUAUUGACUGAGCUCUUGGCUUCUUUGACAGCACCAAGCUAGACUUCUACCAGCACUUGGUGCCACAGCAGAUCUCUGGGAUAGAAAAAGAAGAACAUGUCUGGGCCACUACUCCACUGCUAACUUGGAUGGAAUUCAGAUUCCCCACUUGUGCAACACGGAGCGGGCUUAAGGGACUCCUGGGUCCCCAGUACCUUAAUGUUGCAAGAACUAGAAGUCUAGGGUCCUUUUCUAAAAGCCAAGUUUGUUUGUUGGCAUGCAGUAAGAAACCCCCUAGUAUAUCUUAUCUCUGCUUUUCCUGUUAAUAAAGUAUCAGUGCUAAGCUAGUCUGUACAAGGACAGAGCCCUUGGGUGGAGGAGGCACCUCUUCCUCUGUCCCCUUUCUCCUUCCUGAUGAUUGGAAUUCAGCAGCCCUAUCUACCACAAGGAAGCAUCAUGAGGAUAGCAAGGGAACAUGGGAGAAGGUUCUAGAACAUCAAUAAAUAAGACAUUGCACCGUGUACCUCAGGAA